AUGUUCGACAAGUCAGCUCCGGUAGAAUUGCUCAUUGGAGCGGACAUUUUUCCCCAAGUUUGGAACGAUAAAAGUGAGUCGCUUGGUCUAGGCUACCCAUCCGUCUAUAGUUCCAUUUUCGGUUGGGUGUUGAUCGGCCCUAUUCAAACUCAUCCUGAUGUGGGGGCUCAAUCCAUGCUUGUGUCGUUGGUGUCAUCCAUGGAAACCAUGAUGGAGAAGUUUUGGAGUGUAGAGGAACCUGAGGUUGCUCCACCUCAGUUCACAGAAGACGGUUUGUGCGAGAAGAUUUUCAGCUCUGAGGUCGCUCGUGGCAGUCAAGGUCGGUUUUCGGUUCCUCUUCCGUUCAGAUCAGAGCGGAUGUCGGAAGGGUUCCUGGGAUCACGACAAGUCACCCUAAACCGUUUCCUCCAGCUAGAGCGCAAAUUGGCUGCAGAUAAGAUUUUGUACCGGGUGUACUGCAAGUUUAUGUCUGACUAUGAAGAACUAGGUCAUAUGAGCCGUGCAGAAGGUGCCGGUCAAUAUUUUAUACCGCAUCACGCGAUCCAAAAGGCUGAAGGAGACAACGUGAAAUUGAGAGUAGUCUUCGACGCUUCAGCCAAGUGCCAUUCCGGGCUUUCCCUGAACCAGUGCUUGUUGGUUGGGCCAAAGCUCCAACAGGAUAUUGUUGACGUGUUAACCGGAUUUAGAGUUCAUAAGAAAGAUUCACUGCAAGUAACAGUCAAGGAGUAUACUCUCAAUACGGUCACAUAUGGGGUAAAUUGUGCUCCGUAUUUAGCCCUGCGCGUCCUUCAAUAUAUUGCGGAUACAGAUUGCGAAGAUUUUCCAGAUAUACAACGUGCUCUACGUAAUCAAACGUACAUGGACGAUAUUUGUGUUGGCGCAGAGUCUCUAGAGGCUGCUCAAGUCCUUCAAACGAACCUGAUCCGGUUGCUAGACCGCUCUGGUCUGGACUUAAAGAAAUGGGCCAGCAAUUCUUCUGAGCUUUUGAGUAAUCUAAAACCGGAGGACUGUUCGGGAGACCCUCUGACUUUUGAUCAAGACAAUUCAGUACAAGUAUUGGGAAUGCGUUGGAAUCCGAAGGGUGAUUUCUUUUCGUUCUAUACUACCAAUUUUAAGUUGAUUCUCACUAAGCGAGGUGUGUUGUCCAUGAUAGCUAGGAUCUUCGUCCCGCUAGGUCUGCUCUCGCCAUCAACUUUCUAUGCGAAAACAAUUAUGCAACGUCUGUGGCUCGCACAGGUUGACUGGGAUAGUCAGAUUCCCGAGGAUAUUGCGAACGAUUGCUACGGUCUUUGCGGAUUUUGUGACGCAUCUGAAAAGGGUUAUGCUGCAGUGGUGUAUCUCCGCGUGACUGAUCCGUCCGGAGCUACAUCCGUUUACCUUAUGGGUGCUAAGACAAAGCUAGCCCCAAUGAAAGCCAUGACAGUCCCACGUUUGGAAUUAAGUGGUGCGGUGCUCCUCGCAGUAUGGUUAGGUAGGCUCAAGCGUAUUCUUGAGUCGCAGUUGGUGGUGUCUGCUGUUUUCGCGUGGUCUGAUUCGUCCAUUGUGCUGUCUUGGCUUAACAACCCGCACACCUCGUAUAAGACGUUCGUUUCUAACAGAGUCUUCCAAAUUCAGUCUACGUUACCUAGUUGCAGCUGGCGGCAUGUUCGCUCUGAGAUGAAUCCGGCCGAUUGCGCUUCGCGUGGGCUCCCUCCUCCCGAGCUCCGAAAAUGCAAACUUUAUUGGAAGGGUCCCAGUUUUUUGAACUUUCCGGUUGAGACUUGGACUCAAGAUUUCUCAUGCUUAAGUUUGGAACAUUGGCCAGAAACAAAGCCAGUUUGUUUGGUGACACGUGUAGAACCACGCGUUGAAUGGUCCCUUCGAUUUUCGUCUUUCAACCAGAUGAUCCGAGUGACAGCUCAGGUCCUUCGGUUCAUCCAGAUGUGUCGAAAGAGAAGUGUCGAGCUAGGCUUCCUAAGGCAGUCCGAAUUGAACGCAGCUCUCAAUCUGCAUAAAGGGACUACCAUUCAAUCCAAGCCUUUAGCUCACCUCUGUCCGUUCUUAGACCCGGUUGAUCUGCUUCGCGUAGGUGGUCGUAUGCAGAACUCAAAUUGGUCAGAGCGGCGAAAGCACCUUAUGCUGAUCCCGAAAGAGUCCUACUUGGCUGUUUUGAUUGCUCGUCAUUGGCAUCUCUAUGCCUGUCAUGCUCGACCUAGAUUGCUAAUCGCUCUUAUUCAACGGCAAUUUUGGAUCAUUGGGAUCCGUCUUAUAGUCAAUCGGGUAAUUCGUAAAUGCUUGAUUUGUGCAAAGAUGUCGGCUGCUAAUCUACAACCUAUCAUGGCAGCUCUGCCAAGCUUCCGGGUACAGGAAGCUCAUCCUUUUUCGAUGGGGGGGAUCGACUAUGCAGGGCCUUUGCAAAUGAAAGAAGUCAUUUUGCGAAAGGCGCGUAUUGUGAAAGUUUAUAUUACAAUAUUCGUCUGUAUGACUACUAAAGCUGUGCAUUUGGAGUCCGUAACUGCUCUGUCUACGGAUUCGUUUCGAUUAACGCUAGAUCGGUUCGUUGCUCGUCGUGGUUUACCGACCACAAUCUAUUCAGAUUGUGGCACCAAUUUCGUUGGUGCAGCUCGUCAGCUCAGAUAUCUAGUUAACCACCCUGAUAGAAGAGAUCAGUUAGAUAGUCAUAUCGCUUGUGAAUGGCACUUUAAUCCUCCGGGUGCUCCCCAUUUUGGAGGAAUCUGGGAAGCGGCCGUUAAAUCCGUGCCAUGUCUUCCCAAGUUUGGACGUUGGAGGAAUUCACAACGGUUUUGUGUCGGGUAG